CAGUAAUUAUGUGAAAAUUAGUACAAACUUUUUUUAAAAAACAAUAAUUUAUAUAAUGAAAUUAAAAGGCAAAUAUUUUAAAAAUAAAGAAAGUAAAAUAUUAUUAGGAUAAUUUAAAUUCGUCGAUGAUGUUAUUUGCAUUCUUUAAUGUUUAAGGCAUUACUAAGUAGUGACUUCACAAUGGCGUAGAGUUGAGUCAUUACCACUUUAUCGAAGUCAAGAUAUGUGUACGUAUCUUUAAGUGUUCAAUUGUCAAUACAGUGUAUCUUUAUCAUUAUUAAGCAAACAAAAUUAUUGAUUUUAAGUAUUAGCGCUAUACAAUGUACAUUCUCUCAUAAUCACGUAAAUUUCAAUAUUGUUGAGGAAACGGGAUAGUCGUUUUCAUAAAAAUGUGUACGAUUGCAGCUUUGACUAGUCAAACAGUAUUUAUCCCACGGGAAAUUAUGUAUUUUAGUAGAAAUAUGUCGCGGUUUUAUCACGGUCACCAAAAAUUGUAUUGCGUGAAUAAUUUUCUGUCAAGAAAACACAGUUUAUUUUCGUUUGUUGUUCAUACGUGGACUAUACCAAGGACAUGUUAUAGUGCGGAAAGCAAAAUAAAUUUUCCUGAAUCCUUAACGAAGGAAAAAGCGAAAGAGAUAGCUUUUAAGCUUAACUCAGAAGAACGAGAUCUCUUUUUAAAAGUCCUUAAAGAAUGUAAAUCGGAAGAGGAUAGGGCUGAAUAUCAACGCCAAUUAGCUGCUUUUCGGUGGUGUAAUAAACUUGGAAGACCAAGCAAAAUAUCAUCAUUAGGAGAUGUAGAUCCUACAGGCACUUAUUGUCCUGUACCAGAAGAUUGGCUUAUGCGCAAGUAUGGGAGAUCAAAUUGAAACAAUAUUAAAUAAAAAAUUUCCAAUAUCAACUAUGGCAGCUGCCGCGUUAGGAAAUACGAUAUCUGAUAUAAUAGGAAUCGGAUCUGUACAUUAUGUAGAACGUUUCGCUCAAAGCGUUGGUUUUAGAGCACCAAAACUUACUCCCAUACAAUUAAAUUUACGUAGGACAAAAUCAGCUGCUAAUAUGGUAUAGCAUGUUUACUUUUAUGUUAUAUUUGACUUUUUAAGUUAAUAAUUUAUGAAGAAUAACAAAGUAAUUUUUAAUAAUUCAGGGAAGAGUUAUCGGAGUUACAAUUGGCUGCAUUAUCGGAAUGACCCCUAUCCCUAUUUUUUCCUAUUUUCAUAACGGUGGUUAAAAUUAUAUAUAUUAAAUGCUUAAAAAAUUUUAUUAUUAUUAUAUUUACUUUUUAUAAUAAAUUGAUUUAUAACGAUAGAAAACAAAAAUCUAUUUAUGAUCUACUAUUAAAAUCAAAUUUUGUAAUUAUUUGCAAUGUUAAUUUAUGACAAUCAUAAAGUUUAUGCAAUAUUAUGUAAUCUAUGUAAGACAAUGUAUGUCUACUCUGUACUUAAUGUAUACAUAUGUAUAAAAUAAUUGUAAAUGUAUUAUCAAAACUGUAUAAAUAGUAGUAACAACACAUAGACCUGUUCGUAUAUUUUAGUAUUAUCCUUGUAUCCCAAAGGUUGUCAUAGUUUUAAAAAAAACUAAUGUCUUCGUAGAUAUUUCAUUUUCUUUAUUGAAAAAAUGAUCUUGAGAAGUUCUUUUGUGAGUUACAAGUUAGUAGAAAAAAUAUAUAAUUUUUCUCUGGUUUCAAAAUUCUUUUAAUAAAAAGAAUAUAGUUUGUUAA